AUACUAGUACUACUACUACUACUACUACUACCACUUAUAAUAAUAAUAAUAAUAAUAAUAAUGAAUCAAACAUUUACUUUAUAUAAUCAUAAUUCUGAAUGUAAUCAUGAAUCAAUUCUAAAUCAAAUUAUUUAUAAUGAGAAUAAAAAUGGAUUAUAUUCAUCGGAAUCAACAAUUACUAAUUCAAAUAAUCUAAAUAAUAUACAAAAUACUGUAUUAUUUAAAUCAUGUACAAUAAAAUCUAAUAUAAAAGAUUUUGAUCAUGAUGAUAAAGAUAUACCAUUAAAUCAUUUUAAUAAUGAUUAUCCAUUAACUCAUUCAUCUCCAAAUUCAUUUAUAAAUGCUCCUCAAUGUGCUGGAUGCAAACAAUUGGUAAUGGAUCGAACUAUUCUACAAGUUCUUAAUCAGAGUUGGCAUGUGAACUGUUUGAAAUGUAUGGAUUGUGGCACUUCAUUAUCAGAGAAAUGUUUUGUACGAACAGACGAAUUGUACUGCAAAGAAGAUUUUUUUCGCCGCUUUGGAACAAAAUGUGCAGGUUGUGAUAAAGGCAUUCCACCAAUGGAAGUUGUUCGGACAGCUCAAGAAAAUGUAUAUCACUUAGAUUGUUUUUCAUGUGUCAGCUGUGCUCGUAUGUUAAAUACAGGCGAUGAAUUCUAUCUAUUACGUGAUCGAAAACUAAUGUGCAAGUCAGAUUUUGAAACUGCUAAAGCUCGAGAAGCAGAAUUAGACAAUGCUAAUAAACGUCCUAGAACAACCAUUUCAGCUAAACAACUGGAAGCACUUAAAAGGGUUUAUGGUGAAAGUCCAAAACCUGUACGUCACAUAAGAGAACAACUUAGUGAAGAGACUGGUUUAGAUAUGCGUGUGGUACAAGUAUGGUUUCAAAAUCGUAGGGCAAAAGAGAAAAGAUUAAAAAAAGAUGCUGGAAGGAAUAUCUGGUCAAUUUCUGACUCUUUAUUAAUCAGUAGUACAAGUACAAGUACUAAUAGUAAUACACCUCUUUGUAUGAAUGAAUCAUACUUAUUUUCAACAUGUUCAAAUGAUUUAGACAAAAGUUCUGCACCAUACUGUGGUGAUAAUUCAAUUAUAUUGGAUGAUUCAACUAGUGGAGAUGAAUAUUUAUCUAAGGAUGAAUUCCAAGGUUCUGGUUCAAGUGAUACAGACAGCAACUGUUCAGAGGAACCUGAAGAUUUGAAUCAGUCUUUAAAUUUUUCUGUUGUAUGCGAUCCUUCACAUCCGAAACAUACUACAGAUACACCAACCACCGAAAAGUUACCAUUAAAUAAAGAUGAAUUCCUAUCUCAUGACAAUAAAUCUGCACUUUUUCAGGCAUUUUCAAAGUCUAACUUAUACGAAAACCAUUCAGUUCACGAUUUAGCAUUAACAAAAGCAGAACAACAACAUGAUGUGAAAUUCCAUGGUUCUACUCAAACAUGGUUAUCCACUCCACGGUCUCUUCAAAAUCAAAGCUUUUCAGUUGACAAUCAGUUGUUCAAACCAGAUAAUGAUAAUAUUAUCUUAAAACACAGUAUAGAAAGUGAUCCAGACAAUAAAAAUCAUAACAUUUUGCGUUUUACAUCAAAUCCAUUUGUUUCAAGUUGUGUUAGCUUGAAUAAGCAAGUUGUAUCUAAUAGCGAAUUGUCAACAAAAGAAACAUAUUUACAGCCUGUUGACUUCUAUCCUUAUUGUUUAAAUGCUAGCAGUCUUUCACAAUAUGGUAUUCCACAAUCAAGUUCAUCAUAAAGAAUCCUGCUUAAAAAUUAAUCCAAUAAUAAGAGUAUACCAUCGUAUCACAUGAUAUGAUUCAUAUGAUCCUCUUGUAGCUGACAGAAUAUAUUACGGCAAACAUUUUGCUUAUCAUUCACAAAAUUAAUAACAGAUUAUUAAACACAAGAAAUACAAUAGUACUGAAAAUCAUUUUUGUUUUCAGUAGUAUUUAUCAAAAUAAAAACUUCAAACGAAAUUCAUUAUUUGAAUUCAGAAUUUUUGGCAUAUUUAUGAUGUAUUCCGUUUAUCUUUGUGUUAACAUCUAUGCUGCUUGUCUCUAUUUCAUUUUGUUGGACAUUAUUAUUUAAUUUGUUCUAUUGUAUAAGUAUUGCUUUUAAAAAAAAGACUAUCAGUUAGUCCAUCAUGUAUCUACAUCAGUUUAGAUUAUUAUUUAUUGUUUCUAUUCAUAAUAAUAAUAAUAAUAAUAAUAAUAAUAAUCAUAAUAUUAUUUAAUUCGAAUUUGAUAACUAAACGUCACUUGUAAAAUUGUUUUACAAUUCAUCCGAAUUAUGAAUAAGACAGUUUCAUCUCACUUUAGACUUCUUGAAAGGCAUGAGAUAAGGAUUCCACUUGAAAUUAAGUAAACUUUACCUAUUCAAUUUUCUUUUUUGUAUUUUAAAUGAAUUUAUUAGAAUUUUCUUAUUAUUGUAUCUCUAAACUCAAUU